GAGAGAGAAAGAGCAAACUGUAAGGGGAUGGUAUUAGUGCCAGUACAGAGUUAUUAGUUCUUGUCAUUAUUUCUCUAACAGUGUAGCUAGCUGCUAGAAUCUCAUUCAAGUCUGCCGACUGAACUCUCUUUGUUUCUUCCCUGAAAGCAAGAAAUUUAACUCUGCAAGAUGUCUGGACUGGUAAAAGCUAAAAAUUACCGCUGGAAAGAUUCCAACUUGGCCUUGUUUGGCAGUGACCUGGAAAGACAAGUGAAAAAGGAAUCUGCACAGACAGAACCAGCAUGGGAAGGAGCUGGAAGUAAAGUUGGUGUGCAAGUCUGGAGAAUUGUGAAAUUUGAAGUCACUCAUUGGCCAGAAGAGGAUUAUGGCUCAUUCUACAAUGGUGAUUCCUACAUUGUCCUCAAUACUUACACUGUUGAUGACUCUGAAGAUCUUAAGUAUGAUGUUCAUUUCUGGAUUGGUAAAGAUAGUUCUCAGGAUGAAUAUGGAACAGCAGCUUAUAAAACUGUUGAGCUAGAUACUCUGCUAGAUGAUAAAGCUGUACAACAUCGAGAAGUUCAAGGACGAGAGAGUGAUCUGUUUAAAUCCUACUUUGAAAAGUUAAUAAUAUUAGAAGGAGGUGCAGAAACUGGUUUCAGACAUGUUCAACCUGAAAAUUACCGACCCAGACUUUUACGUUUUGUUGGCUCAAAAAAGAACAUUGAAAUGAUGGAAGUUCCAAAACACCCAAGCUGUUUGAACGAUUGUGAUGUGUUUAUACUUGACAAGGGUGAUGUGAUCUAUCAGAUGAAUACACCUGAUAGUAACAAAGAUGAACGCUUUAAGGCUCUACAAUUUUUACAAGGGUUGAAAUCUGAAAGAGGCAGUGUUGAAGUUGAAACCUUAGAACAAGCCGAUACCAGAUCCUCUCAUGAUUUCUAUGAGUCUCUUACUGAUGAGGAACCCACUGAUGUUGAUGCUCCUAUUGAAGAAAUUGAGAAGACACUUUACAGAUACACUGACAAGGAAUUCCAGGAAGUGAAAGUUGGUGAAUUCUCUAAAGCUGACUUGGCCACUGAUGAUGUGUUCCUUGUUUAUAAUGGUAAAAAUGCUAUUGUCUGGGUUGGUGAAACUGCUUCACCUUCAGAGAAAAAGAAUGGCAUCCCCUAUGCUCAUACAUUCUUGAAUUGUGCUGGUAAUCCUCAAUGUCCAAUAACAGUAACCAAGGAAGGACUAAAAUGUCCUGAUCUUGAUGUGGCACUUUGUGCUUAAGCACCACUGUAUCCUGUCUUUCACUCUUAAUCUUUUUCUUUUGUAUAACGUUCAAUCUUGACUUACAAUAUUUACUUGUAAUAACUAAUCAUGUUACCUUAAUUACUUACUAACCAAAAUAUAUAAACAAUAAACAAACUACAUCUAAACCAGCACUUCAGUAUUUCUACCACCUUUUCAAAUAUAAUCAACUUCAAGCAAUUUAUUAAAAUGCAUUCUGUGUUAUACAACACAGGUAUUACAAUUUCAAAGACAUACACCUUGCCUUAAAUGUAAUAGACACCUGAAUACAAGUUAUUGUUUAUUUUUUUUUUUUACUACUACACUUUAUAAGCAUAACUAAAAUCUUUUCUCAGUUCUUUGUAAUACCAAUAAUGUUUAUAUAUUUCCAUUACACUGUAAAAUGACAAUUAAAUGUUUCUUUCAAUAAUGAAAUAAAGUGACAUUUGAAAUAC